AUGAUGCGCUCAGACCAGGACGACGAUGAGGAGUAUCUCGGGCGCGGAAGCGAAUCGCCUCGUCUACGCGCCACAUCGCCCACCAGCCCCCGACACCAGCCGCGCCACUGGCACGUCAGCAAAUCGAACGACACUGGCAGCGGCGCGGGCGACACCUCCGCCGCGGCUUCCACAUCGACCUCGACCACCGCCGGCGGCAGCGGCUCCGGACGCUCCGCCCGGCGCACGUCGCCCUCGGUCUCGCCCAGGCUCGACCACAAGAGCGGCGAGACCAGACUGCUCCUGUCCCCUGGACCCACCCGCUUGCGCGGACCCGGCACGGUGACGAUCGGCAGCACCGGGCGAACCCCUAGCAACCUCACCACCGCCACCGCAGUCAGCGGCGGCAGCGGCGGUGGUCGCAGAAGCGGCAGCAGCAGCGGCCGAGGGCCGAGGGACGGUGGUGGAGACCUGUACGGCAGCAACGACGGGACGAGCGGUGACGACGAAGAGGAGACGGACGAGGAUCUCGACGACAACGAGCUCGUGAAUGUGGUCAGCAACAACAGCGCCGCCGGCAGACAGGCUCUCGCCGCCGGAGGCAAGCAGCCUGGCCGCAAGAAGUCCGACCCGAGCAGCCCGGGCCGACGGCGCCCCGCCAGCUCGCCCAAGGGCUCGGCCUCCUGGCUCUCGGGGAAUGUGUCGACGCCCGCCACGUCAUCGUCGUCGUCCGCCGUUGGCGCCGGGCCUGGCGCGUCGGCCACGUUGCGGCGUCAGCGCAAGGAGUACCAGCCGCAGCAGCGCGACCCCGACGAGGCCGUGUUCCGGUUCUGGAUGCUGGUGGAGGACUUCAAGCGGCAGAAGGACCGGCAGGCCAAGGCCUACCUGGCCGACAUCCUCUACACGCAGUACCUGGUCCCGUCGACGGCCGAGUCGUCGACGUCGCCCUACUUCGUGUCGGCACUCCGCAUGCCGCCCGACAUACUCGACAGCAUCGAGCAGGGCGUCAACGCCGCCGCCAACCUCUUCCUCUCGCGCAAUCUCUUCGAUGCCGCCCAGAACGAGGUGUGGAAGCACAUGCGCAAGCGCCCGUUUCCGAGCUUCAUGAAGCAGAUCUUCAACGCGUCGCUCUUCUGUUCGAAUCCCGACACGCUGCUCACGGCCUCGGCCCUGCGCGAUCUGAGCGACGCCGAGCGGCGCAAGGUGAUCAAGCAGCGCACCCAGCUCCCGCUGCGCAUCCCCGAGGUCAUCUUCUCGGGCUUUGUGCGCUUCCUCACCAACCGAAAGUGGGACAUCGACGCCGAGGCGCUCGACGACGACUGGGCGAUCCAGCACCACCACGUCGGCGGCGAGGAGCGCGUCACCGUGUCGACCACCACCUUUGCCGAGUGCUCCAUCCCCUGCUACCGCGGCGACGGCACCCUCAACGUGCCGCCCCACAAGGCGCUGGACAUCAUCAGUUCGGUGGAUGAGCGGUGCUGCUGGGACGACAUGUACUCCAUGGGGCGCGUGGAACAGAUGCUGGGCGAGCCGACGGCCAACUUGCUCCGGGUGGAUACGUGGGUGCCGGGCGAAAAAGAGGGCGGCAAAUUCGAACAGCUCGUGCUCCGCACGGCGAGGCGGCUCAAAGACGGCUCGGCGAUCUAUCUCUGGCGAUCGGUGGAACACCCGGACUUUACUGAGAAAGGAGGCGCCCAGCGCUUGGAGUGCCACAUAUCGGGCUUCUUCAUUCAACCUCACGAAGACCCGCGAAAGAGCACCAUUUCCUCCCUUUCCAUGCUGGACACCAAGGGCUUGGUGUCGCCCGAGGUCGCUCGGGCCAUGAACCUCCUCCAAGCUCGGCUGCCACUCAACCUCAACCGAUACAUCGCCUCCAUUGAAAAGCGAUCGGCGCGUCUCCUCCAGGCCAAGCUGGUGCCGCCUGUCCUGCUGCCGGCCUGCUACGACUGCAACUGCCCCUGGAAUCCCUGGCCGGAGGACGAAAAGGAAAAAGAGAGGGACAUGCCGCGGUUGUCGUUCAAUGAGGGCGACAGCGUGGUGCUGUUGGAGCCAGGCCCUGACCCGAGCGCCUGGACUGGCUACUCGUUUGACAGCGGCCUCCGGGGUGCGCUCGACAUCGACUACUUUCGGUAUGCGAUGAACGACGGGAACGGGACAGCGGGCGGCAAGUCCAAAAAGAGGGCCAACAACUACAUGCCCUUGAUCGAGCUCCUGUCUCGCUCCGACCUCAUGAUCAUCACCGCCCUGUGCUCGACGACGGACACGCAGGUGGCCGAGCGAGUGGCGCACGGGUUCUUGCACGUGCUUCGGAUGUUCCCCGGACGCACGAUCCCGCUGCUGGUCGGCCUCAUCGGCAGCGAAGUCCGAAAGACGGGCAUCAUCCAGGGAUCAACGCUCUUUCGUGGAAACGACAUCGCGUCCCACCUGCUGUCGGCCUACUGCCAGUCGGUCGGCCGCAAGUUCCUGUUGAAGGUCAUCCGGCCCCUGGUCGAAAAGGUCCUCACGCUCUACUCCCAAAACAAGUCGAUGGAGAUUGACCCCGCGCGGGCGGUGCCGGGCGAGGACCCGGAGGAGAAUGCGCAAACGCUGUCCGAUUUUUGUCAUCUCUUCCUCAACACCAUCACCAGCUCCAUCAAGCACUGCCCCAUGUCUUUCCGAGCCGUGUGCUACCACCUGCAGCGAGAGGUCAUCAAGAAGUUUCCCCAGAGUAAAUACAUCGUCCUCACCAAUUUCUUCUUCCUUCGCUUCAUCUCGCCGGCGAUCGUGAGCCCCGAAGCCUUUGGUAUCCUAGAAGAGCAAGUCUCUCCCAAGUGCCGGCGUGGGCUGGUGCUGGUGUCGAAGGUCAUGCAGAACCUGGCCAACGGCGUCGAAUUCGGCGAGAAAGAGGAACACAUGCUGCGCUUGAACGGCUUCAUUCGCGAAAACCUGGCCAAGGUCGAGGCCUUCUUCGAGGAGAUCGCCUCGGAGUCAUCCACCGAGGAGGAGCUCGCCGAGCGAGAGCUGACGCUGGAGGAGGCCUACCCCAGUGCGAGCUACCUCCACUCGGCGCUCUGCUGCAACUUGGACAGGAUCGCGGUGAAGGUGGCAGGCCUGGAGCGAAGCAAAAAGAUUCUCAACCAUAACAACAACAGCAGCGGCAACAACAACAACUCUGGCGACGGUCCAGCAUUCCUGCAACUGCUGGAGGUGUUGUUGGAAUGUGGGAUGCCGACGAUGAAUGUGAAUACCGAGGACCCGCGGGACUACAUCCGAGGCGACAAGAAGUUCUCGCUCGUCAAGAAGCCACGCUCGGGCCGCCUCAAGCGCAACAAGGACGACCACCACGGCAGCGGCAGCGACAGCAGCGAGAGACACAAGCCAGCCAAGGAAAAAGAAAGGGAAAGGAAAAGGAAAAGACUAGAGAAAAGAACAGUCGAGGCGGACAAGCGCGACGUCGAGCGAACCAGAUCCGAGCGUACGCGGGAGAAGCUGUCGGGCCGGGAGCGCGGCGCGACGCCGCACCAGAGUCCCUCGAGCGGCCGACACGACGGCGCGCCAGAGUCCCGCGAGGUGGCGGGCGACUCUGGCGUCCCUGCGUCGCCCGGCCGAACGCGGAGCGACAGCCUGGAGGGCUCCGAAGAGGGCAUGAACAGCAUCGGCAGCGAGCCGGCAUCGGCGGCGACGGAGAAGACCGGGGGUGAGGGCGGCGCGAAGGAGAAGAGCUCGGCGUUCCUCAAGAUCUCGAUGAUCAAGAAGAGCGGUCUCAUGGACCGGCUCAACAAGAAGCGGAGCGCCAAGAAGUCGCCGCAGGGAGACAAGAGCAACAGCGUGCCGAGUGGCGGCGUCGGGGGCGUGGCCGCGCUGAUAAGAGACAACAACAACAACAGCAGCAGCAAGGACAGCGACGACGAGGACGAAUGGGCGUCGACGAGCUCCGACCGAGGCCUGUCGUCGGACGACGAGGACAGCUAUGUGUCGGACACGGACAGUGUCGACAACACCAACAGUGAAGGCGCGGCCGGGAAGACGUCGUCUUCAUCGUCGUCGUCGUCGUCGGCAAAGAGGCACAACCGGGGCAACUACACGGCCAGGGAGCGGUCCACCGCCAACCGCUCGCCCUCCAACCACCGCCGGAACGGCGGCGGGGCCGCGGCGCCGCUGGCCAAGUCGACGCGCAGCUCUAAGGACGGCAGUCGCACGGAGCGUGACAAGAAGCCCGGCGCCGCUGUCACACCCGCAGCCACGUCGGUUUCCAAAAAGAUGUCGAUGGCCGCCUUGAGCAAGCAGCUGGAGUCGCUGCACGAGGAGCGGGUCAAGGCCUUCAAGGAGGUGGAGCGCUUCUUCAUGUCACAGAGCAAGCUCUCGAUCUUGGGCUCGGGCUCGGGCUCCUCCCCGGUUGCGGCCCACCACUACCCGCUGGCCGUGCUCUCGCCGCGCUCGACCGACCGCGGCAUGCAGCCGCACAUGCCCACCACGUUCACGUCGCCCUACAUCAUCGAGGAGUUCCGCAAGCUGAUGGCGGUCUACGAGGACAAGGUGCGGCAGGAGGAGCGGCUGGUCCAGGCUCUCGUCUACCUCUCAUCCACCACUUCUUCUUCGAUGACAUCGCCGCCCUCGCCGUCGUCGCCAGCAUCGUCGUCGCCGUCGUCAUCGCAGGGCAUGCCGGCGGUGGCCGUCGUCGACGAACAGCGCUCGACCCACACGCGCAACCAGGCGACGUCUAAGAGCGGUUGA